GCGAAGGGCCAGAAGGGAAGCGCAUUCCCGAGUCAAUUCGCCGGCAUAGAUGCUCAUCUCGGCGAAGCAGCGCCUCACUGCUAUCCGGAAGGCUGCUGCGGAAAGCAGCGACUUCGAGCUUCGCCGCUUCCGCGUUGGCAAGGAGCGCCUCAUCAAGCAAGGGAGGAAGCCGAGCAAACUGAAGGCAACCAUCCUCAUCGAGCGACUCGCGAAGAAGGAGAUCAUUGCUGAGGCCAGAAGGACCAACAAAGGGGAUGACAAGAGCAGCAACCAAGGAGAUGAAGGAGAGGAGCGCGAAGAGGAGGAAGACGGUGAAUGGACUGACGACAGUGACCAAGAUGACGCGGCUGACGAUGUGAGUCGGGCAAGGAUUCAGGCGACGAAGGCCAAGAUCCUCUCGGCGAUUCGCUCGCAGCCCGUUGCCCUUCCGCCAUCCGAGUCCCCUGUGUGUCAUGGCGUCCCUGGCAGCUCCCCCGCUCCCUCUGCCCCCCGCCUGCGAGGCCGCGGCAGCCACCACCUCUACGUGCGUGACUACGUGAGGCAGGAGCUCAGCGAUGCCCUCAACAAAAAAGUGGAAUCAUUGCUCCAAGAGCUCGCUCGCUUCCAGCAGCGGGCCAAGACGGACAACCCACAGCGGUUUUCCAAGCUGAAGCGCUACGUCGCCGGCAUGAGCGAGAGCGAGAGGGCCAUCAAAGAGGACCGGGCCAAGGCGCUGGUCGUGGCGCCAAACGUCGAGCCGAGUGUGUCUGCCGGCGGCCUGGACGACAUGAUGCAGUCCCUCUUGGCUGAGUGCGAGCAGAGGAAUGUGCCCGUGAUUUUCGCCCUGAGUCGCAACCUGCUGGGGCGGGCCAUCGGCAAGAACAUGCGGCAGAGCGCGGUGUGCAUCGUCAGCGCCGAGGGCGCCCACCAGCUGCUCAAGGAGAGCAUUCAGAUGGCCAACGAGCAGAGGGACGCCUUUGAGAGGAAGAGCCGGGCUUCUGACGCGACGACGGACGCGGGGUGCGCCUCUACACCAGCAGUGAGGGUGCACUACCCUUUGACGGAGGAGCAUGAGCAGCCGGACGAGGCCGACAUGACGCCCGAGCAGCUUGCUGCCAUGGAGAGGCGUCGCGAGCACAACCGACGGAAGCGCGAGAAGAGGAAGGAGAAGAGGCGCAGCGAGGCUGCGGCUGCGACAGCAGUGGCAGACAACAAGACCGAGCCAGCACCCCCACCCUGCCCACAGGCACCCAGGACCCCCACACCCACCAUGAGCGAGGCUCGACCGCCGCGGCCAUCGGCGAGCAGCAGCAGCGUCGGCACGCGUCCCUCCCAGCCAUCCAGUCUCGUCGACAGCAGCCGCUCUUUACUGCUCAACAUGUAUUCGUCGCAGCUGAGCAGGAGAGGCCGCAAAAUGAUCAAGCGCAUCGAGUACAAGCAGCAGAAGGAGAGGGAGCGGUUGGCUGCUGAGGCCGAGAGCGGCCCAACGGGCGAGGGGCGUCAAAGCAGGAAGCGCACACGCAGGAAAACAAAGCGAGCGGCAGGUGCAUGCGAGGGGGGGGAGUGGGAUGAAGAGGUCGACGACCAAGAGUCUGGGCAGCACGGCCGCGAGGCGCAUGAGAGUGCUACCGCACCAGGCCCGCCAGUCCUUCGUCACGAGAAUGGGCCUGCCAGCCGCGGUCGGUCUGGCGGUGUGGUGCGAUCAGCGUGGGACGCUGGGCCGCCCUGCCUGCCACCAAAACCACCAUCUGCGCCAGGUACGCAUCAUGCACACGGGACGACCAUACAGCUGGCAUAGCUCAUGAAUGCUAUUCUUCUCUGCUCUGUGUGUGUGACAGCAGUGACAGCACGCGGAGCCAAGGCGCCGUUUGCCCCUGGCCGCCCUCCUUCCCUCCCCAGCACCAGCUGGCCGUCUCUGAUGUCGCAAGACACCUGUUCCGACUGGAAGCCCAGCCAUGCGUCCUCCAGGACGCCAGCCUCUGCAUGGACGAAAGACACUGCGCCGAGGGACGACAAGCCGACUGCUGGGCCAGCCCAACCACCCCCUUCUCGACACACCCUCGCCAACCGUGCGGACGACUUGUCGGCGACGUCAGAGGCGAUAUCGACGACGUCUAUGCCGGCGAGUGUGUCGUCUGAUGGGCCGAUCAUCUUGCCGCCUCCCAAGUGUGGUGUGCCGUUCCCAGGGGGCGGCGGCCAGAGGGGGAGAGGGGCGGGCAGGGGACGGGGAAGGGGACGAGCGAGUCGGGGAUGGGACGGCUAGCUGACUGACGUACUUCGUCUGCGUGCGGUGCUUCAUGGCAAGACUCGAUGUACAUAUGUGAUUCUGACAAUCCCGCAUGAAUCACGG